GCCGCUGGGAUGGCGGACCGCGCCCCGCUGCUCGAGUACGAGGAAGGUCCUGCUGUCACAUUCCCUCCUUGGGAUGGCUCCAGCCCGGCUCCUGGGAAUGCCGCCGGAUCAACGGCCUCACCGCGCGGAGCUGCCGACAGCUGGAGCUCGGAGCCGGAGGGGGAUGCGGCCGCCGCUCCGGGAGCUCAGCAGCAGGAAGAGGAGGAGCAAGUGGUGGCCGUGUUUGUGGUGACUUUCGACACGAGAGCAGGUAACAUUAUUGAAUGGUGUCUGCCACAUGAAGUGGAUUUAGAAGGGGUCGAAUUUAAAUCCAUGGCCAGUGGAUCUCACAGAAUAAAUUCUGAUUUUGUCUACUUUCGAAAAGGUAACUACUUUGGUAUGGCAUGCUUUGCCAACAUGCCUGUGGAGAGUGAACUGGAACGAGGCGCUCGAAUGAAAUCUGUUGGAAUACUGUCCCCAUCGUAUACACUCCUAUACAGAUACAUGCAUUUCCUGGAGAAUCAGGUCAGGCAUCAGCUUGAAAUCCCUGGGCAUUAUGCACAAUUAGAAGCCUUUUAUGAAGACAAGAAAGGUGUUUUACCAACAGCGAUGAGCAGCAAAGGAAUUCCUACAUCCCUUCAGCCCCUUCACUGGUUGCCACCUGUUAAUAAGUACAUGUAUCCAGAGAUGAAGAUCACACAUCCUGCAGGGUGCAUGUCACAGUUCAUCAAGUUUUUUGGGGAACAGAUAAUGGUUCUUUGGAAAUUUGCACUUUUAAGGAAACGGAUUUUAAUUUUCUCUCCCCCUCCCGUUGGAGUGGUCUGCUACAGAGUUUACUGUUGUUGCUGUCUGGCCAAUGUUUCGCUGCCUGGGAUCAGAGGAGUGCCUGAAACCAAGCCUUACUUCUACAUCAGUGUAGCGGAUAUUGAAACUCUGGAGACGGAAGUAUCUUAUGUGGCAUGCACAACAGAAAAGAUUUUUGAAGAAAAAAAAGAUCUGUAUGAUGUUUACGUUGAUAACCAAAAUGUGAAAGCAGACCGUGAGCACCUGCAGCAACUACUUAAAAUAAACAGUGCAGAUAAGGACAAGUAUCGUAAGCUCAAUGACCAGAGGCAAAUGCUACUUUAUUCUCAGGAGGUGGGGGGAGACUGCAGUACCAAUGAAGAAGACCUGUUCAUUCUGUUUUUCAUGGAACAGAACAAUCGAAUCUUCCAGAUGUUGCUGGAGGUUUCAGCAUGCCAAGAUAAAACACUGACAGCUGACCAUGUGAGGAGUAUGGGGCUGGAUCCCCAGGGGGAUCGCAUCUUCCUGAUGGACUUGCUUGAAGUUUAUGGCAUUGAUGUAAUGUUGGUUAUCGACAAUCCUUGUUGCCCAUGAUCCAAGUGAACUUUGACAAACAAACUGCUACAUGAACUGGGAAGGACCAAGACAGGAGGUUUGAAUGGAUGCAUAGAGUUUGAAAAAAAUUAAUUAAAACCAAGUGCACUUGUAUCAUGACUUGCCACAAUCUCUUGAGUUGUGCCCAGGUCAGUUCAUGGGUCACUUGUUCUCCUGCCUCUUCAGUUAUCUAUGUAUUUAAAUAUUUUUGGAGAACUAAUGGGAGAAAUUAACGGUUUAACUGGAAGAAAAACACAUUUGAAGGAAAUUUUAUUUAUUUGUAGUUUUUGAUUUUUCCUUUGACUUUUUUUGCCAUUUGCGAAUGUGUUGUACAACUAGCAGCUGUGAAUUAGCACAUAUGCAUGAAUGCAUUCAUAUGAAUUUAUUUCUAGUACAUCAGAGACUCCAUACUACACCACUGUGAAAUGCAGUGAGCCUUCCCUGUUUAUCAGGUUUCAACUAAAAUUGCAUUCUUCUUUUCAGUAAGUCCUCAGUUUGAUUUUCUUUAGCUACUCUGCUUAAUGGCUUGCAAUAACCCAUUCACUUUUAAACUUGGGAUUUUGUUUUCUAGAACAGGCAUUGAAAAUUGUCCCUUUGCACAACCUUUAAGACUUAUUGGCUGUGAUAGAUGACUUUGAUGCUCCACAUGAAAACAAAUUUAAUCACUUAACUAUAUAUCCCAUUACAAUGUACCAUUAUUAAUUUGAAAUGCAAGGAAUGAAAGGAAUUUUCUGAUCCGGAAUAGUUCUCUCUGAUGACAGAACCAUCUGCAAACUCAUGUUAAACACAAAUUCAGUGAUUGUUUUCUAUGUUUGACUGCAUCUUACAUCUUGCUGUUAAACAGCAGCUACAAGGGAAAGUUGGAGCCUAUUUAUGGAGUGAUCACUAUUUUAAGUGAGAAAAGGUUUCUUCAGUGCUACCUGUAAGGCAGUUGCAUGGAAUAGUUUGCAUGCUUUUCAUGAAGCCUUUGCAUUGUAAGCUGUUUGCUCAGGAUGAGACAUGGUAUUGCUGUACUCCAAACUGUCGCCUUCAUCUUUAUUUCGAAUUCUUUGAAAUGUUUAUGCUGCUUUUGGUAAUCAUUUAACGAGCAGAAAAAUUAACAUUAAAUUUCAAAUACAUUUGAAAAAAUAAAUUUUAAAUGGUACUUAGAAUGUACAAAAUAGAAGGACUAAGUAAAGUUUUGAAGAAAGCUAUGGAGUAAGAAAGGAAAAUGAUAACGAUUGUUAAAAUAGUUGCAGAAAUGUUGAAGCUUAGAUUAAAAGAAAAUGCAGUGUGAAGGGAUGGUGGAGGUACAAAAUAAGUAUGUAUCUCUUUUUCUGUGUUUUUGUAUGAAUGAGAGGGUAAGAUGAGUCUGCUGAGCUAUUGGAGGGGAAAAGGGAUUGCUAAGAAAAGUUGGUGAAACUUAACAAUAAAUCAGUUACAGACCUGUUUGGCUAGCAUUAAAUGUUGAUCAGUUUUGAAAGUUGGACAUGCAUACUCAUCUAGAAAUAUGAGGGCUUUGAUGUAGAAAAAUGACGCAAGCUAUUUCAGCUGUUUGGUGAAUCUGUAGCUAGUAGAUAUCAAAUUAGGCUGAUCAAAAAGAAUGAGGUUAGUUUUUGGGGACACUUUCUAAUUGUGUUUUAGUAUGUAAAAAUCCAAAUUGAAUAUUAAACAGAGAAAUGAAUAAAUGGUUUAAAGGACAAUUGGAUGGAAUACAAUGAAUGGUUGAGAGAUAACAGGGCUGAUUUGGAGUGAUUUCUUUGUUCUGUAAAAAUUGAAGUUUAAUAUACAGAUUGAAUAAAGAAGAAUAGUUAUGUACCUGCAGGGUAUACACUCAUUCUUUAAAAGUGCUGUAUGAUAAUCAAGAAUACAGAACGAAGGCUUUUCAACUUCAAAUAAUUAUCUAAUUUCUUUAUCUUGUAUUCACUCGCAAAUGUGUAAUUCAGGUUGCUUCAAAAGAUUAUCACAAUGUAGAGAGUGAAAUAUUUUAUCACAAGUGACUCUUUGUGUAACUGAGAGAUUUCUUUUUCCAUUCUGGAGAUGAUUGAGUUUAAGCUGCCCUAAUAUGUAUCAGGCUGUCAAAACAAUUCACUUACGCAAAACCUUCUCGGUUUUCAAACCUCUCUCGGGAUUCAAGGGAUUUUAAAAUUUUCCAGUCAACUCAGAUUCUCAAUCUUUCAAGCCUGUCGUAAUCAAUAUUGUUUCAUUUACUUCACCAAUUUUAAUAGAUUUUCACCAAAGUUUACCGUAGCUCUAAUAUUUUAAUGGGAAUGUUCAGAACUCUACUAAAGUCUAAAGUUUGCUUUCUCAAAUAACGCAUCAUGUUUAAAAUUUAUAUUACUUUGUUUAAACCCCUUUGUGGUAUUUUUCUAAGAGCACUUGCACAAUAAAUAAUAGGUUAUGCCUCACAAAUCAUUUGGAACUCUUGAAGUGGUUCUUGAUUUAUUGGAUACGAAUUGAGUUACAGAUUUUUUUUUGUUAAAUUUAAGGGACUGUUAAAACUCAUGAAAUUAAUGAUGGGCUAAAUAGUGUUGUUGAAAAUUAUCAAUAAAUUUAAAAUCUCCUUUGAAGAAGAUAGGAUGGCAUUCUGGCAAUUCCAGCAGCAGCACCGAGCUACAAUCCACAAAGGAUCAUAAGCAUUUCUGUCCAUUAGGUAGAAUCAGUGGUUUUGUGUAGCAUUGAGGAUAACCACUCUCCAAGCGUGGAGGAAGGUGUUACAGCCCUUGUGCUAUUGGUUUUAUUCUACACCAUACUCUAGCUAAUUGAACUUGUCAGUCACAAUAUGACAAUUAAAUUUCACAGUUGGCCAAAGUAAAUGCCAUUACUGACUAAUCAAAGGGAAUUAUUCAAAUGCCUCUAAACAAAUUGAAAAAUGGGGUAAUGAAGGUCACUGACCUAAUGGCAGUAAAGUAAUGCAUAUUGGAACGUGGAAACGGUCUACUCAGUAAAUGCCCAUUAGUAAAUUAUGAGAGAUUUCUGUGUGCUUAUUGACCUUACUUCAAUUAGCCAAUCAAUAUUAAAUUCAUCAUCGGAGCUCCAAGUAUAGGAAAAGUCUCAAGGACAUUUAAAUUGUUAAGGUCAUAGCAAAAAUAUUGUUAGAUUCAAUGCUCCAUCUUUCAGGAAUUAAUCCUUUUUGUUUGCAUGUUGGGAAUAUUGGUGCUUCAUUACAUAUACAAUUAAAUUGUCACACAUGCCACUGACUUGAAAAUUCAAAUCUAGAAUUUUCUAUGAAAUGAUAAACUUUUAAUAUAUUACCACAGGUGCUGUAGUAUGGAGUAUCUGGUGCAUUUUCUCACCAAUCACUUGAAGGCAAGACUUGUGUUUUUUGUCUAAUUUAAAUUUUAGAAAUGAUAUAAUUAUCCAAUAAUUUCAUGUCUUUAAAAAGUAAGAUUCCGUUUCAGAUGUUGAGAGACCAAGAUUAGGUUUUAUUUUUGAAUCUGUGGGCAUCAAUAAUCUGUAAAUUUCCAUUCCAUUGUAGAUCCUUCUAAUGGUGACUUGCACUCAAUGCCUUUCUAUCAGUAACAGUAAUUGGGAAGGGGAUAACAUUUAUUAUUGGAAUGAAGGGUAUUUUUAAUGCUGGAUUGAUUUUUAAUAGUACAUUGAAUUUAUGGGAGCUGCACUUUGCCUUCCUUGAGUUUGGAGCCUACACUCCAUCAUGUAGCUCAUCCAAGUGAUCAUUUUUGUUUACAUUUGUGGUCCACCCAUUAGUUUUCAGUUUGUGUGUAUUGAAGUACUAGUUUUCAAGAAGUAUAUGGUUACUGUGUGUGUGCAUUUACAAACAUUUUGUCAUUGAGGAUGGAUAUCAAGUUUUCCUACCCUUCCCUACCAGCCAGGGUUGAGAGCUUUUUUUCCUUAGCUACAUUGUUAAUUUAAUAUUGCGAGAUAUAUUUAAGCUGAGUACAUCCUAGAGCUACACCAACCUACUUGUGUGUUUAUUAAUACCAUUGCUGAAUUAACACCUAUCACAACUUAUUUCAUCUAUUCAGUUAUAUUUUUGAGCAUUGGUGUGUUUUUCUUUUGGUUUAGCUGUAUUUAAGGAUAUCUUUGACACCUGGCUAGAUCUCCUGGUGCUACCAACCUGAAUAACAUUUCUGGCAGUAAACCAUUUAAUUCUUUUAUUCCUUUACAUUAAUAUUUAUUAAUGUUAAAAGGGUGCAGUUAAGCAGCAAUAACCAACUUCUAUUAAAAAGAAUAAUGACCAAAUUGAUGGAAGUGUGAUUACAACUAAAAUAUUCUUAUUGUAGUUCAUGUUUAGUCUGCACUGAUAAGUGUUGAUGCUGUGUAUAAAAUCCAAACCAACGCUGCUGUUGUAUGUCCAAGUAUUUAACAUGUAACCAGAUUUUGUAGUCUUUUGUAUGUAUUGCCUGGUGUCUCUCAACUGUACACUCUGAAAUAUUCAAAGUUGCAUGGACAUGAGGUAAAUGGUAAUUUUACAAAACGUGAUCACACAAUCUGAGUAUUGCAUUUGUGUACAUUCUAUGACUGUUUUAAAGCAUCACCUCUUAAUUUUUAAAACUGAUUUUGAAGUAUUUUGCUUAUGGUUAUAAAACAGUCAUCUUGGAUAGUAAAUUAUCUAUUUUAACAGCAUUUAAUGUUUUUUUUUUCACUUUAUUGCACUGGUGUGACAUGAAUCACCUUAUUUUAUGUAUCGAGCCAUAGAGAAUCCACAAAACUGGUGAAUCAGUCUCCGAUAUUACUGCACAAUGAUCACCUUUUAGAACCAUUUUAACUAAAGUGCUAUUGAAAUCCAAUCAUUUCCAAACAUGAAAAGGAAUAUGUCAGCAUCCAUGCCUAAUAAGAUGAUCCUAUUGAAUGGAAAAGCAGGCUUGAGGGACUGAAUGACUCACUCCUUUUCCUAUUAAGGACUAUUUUUGCUUUCAUUAUUACUUUCUGACAUUUUUAGUUUGAAAGAGGUUUGGUAGAAAACUUCAAAUUUAGGAAACUAAGUCCAGUAAAUAGUUUAGUGACUUUUUUGCAUUUAGACCAAAUCCCCUAGCAUUCAGAUUGUAUUUGAUUUUAUACUGAUACCUUGAAAUUGUUCUUCCUCCUUUAAUGUAGAAGCUGAAAGCCUGCAGCUAAUGUCAGAAAAGGUAAGUGACUUUGUCCUUAGGUAUUGGUUGGGUCAGUAAUAUGACAGUGGUAGUUUUUUUUUGUUUUAGUUUGGAAAAUUUUGGGAAAAUGGUUGAUCUUUUUUCACUGCCUCCAUUUUUUGAUACACUUGUGAUAGCUUCAUAAAAGCAAAUGGCUGUAGCCUGCUCAGUUUUUGAAAUUUUCGUUCUCUAAUAAGGUGCAGCAGGAUUAGUUUAUAUUGAUGUUAAUCAAUAUGGUAUAAGGAGAGUGAUGAGAAAUCUAUACUGCCCCUGUCAAUAGUCUGUUGGGAUUUUGGUGGAAACCAAGUCUCUCAACUUAAUGAAGUUAUGAAAUUUUGUCUUGUUUUGAAUGUUGAAGAUUUUAGAUUCAAAGUUCAUAUUGUUAUGCCUGAGAUUAAGAAAUACUUUGGUUACAGAGAGAGCCUUAAAUAUUGUGUAAGGCGCUAUGAAACUUAUCUGUAUUUCAUUGUUAGGAUUAGAAGAACGUAGAAUGCAAAAUUUGGAUUAAAAAAAAAAAGAUAUCUGCUGUUGAAAUUACUAAAAGGGACUUUUUUUAAAUAAAAGCUAUAUGUGAAGAGAUGUAAAUUUCUCAAUGUCUUCUGUGGAUAAUUUUGUACUCUGUAAAUCUGGAUAGAUGAUGUGCCUAAUAUAUUUUCUAAUUAAAAGUUAUCUGUAGUAAA